AUGGCAGGUAGCGGCGGCCUGGCCGGCGGGGCCGGGGGCAGCCAGGGCACCGUGGGAGGGCCCGGAGCCGCGCUUCGGGCGUCCCGUGCGCCUUUGCUGUUCGCCGCGCUGGUUCUCGGCGCCUACUGCCUCUGCGCCCUCCCUGGACGCUGCCCGCCGGCUGGCCGGGUCCCCGCGCCGGCCCCUGCGCGCGCCGAGCCGCCCCGCGCAUCCCGCAGCCCCGGGGCGCCCGGUCUGCCCGUGGCCAGUGGCUCGGGUCGGCGGCGCUUCCCGCAGGCCCUCAUUGUGGGCGUGAAGAAGGGCGGCACGCGCGCCCUGCUGGAGUUCCUGCGGCUGCACCCCGACAUCCGCGCGCUCGGCUCGGAGCCCCACUUCUUCGACAGGUGCUACGAGCGCGGCCUCGCCUGGUACCGGAGCCUGAUGCCCCGCACCCUGGACGGGCAGAUCACCCUGGAGAAGACCCCCAGCUACUUCGUGACACGGGAGGCUCCACGCCGCAUCCACAGCAUGUCCCCAGCCACCAAGCUGAUCGUGGUCGUGCGGAACCCCGUGACCCGGGCCAUCUCUGACUACGCGCAGACCCUCUCCAAGACCCCGGGCCUGCCCAGCUUUGGCGCCCUGGCCUUCCGCCGCGGCCUGGGCCCGGUGGACACGGCCUGGAGCGCCGUGCGCAUUGGACUGUACGCGCAGCACCUGGACAACUGGCUGCGCUACUUCCCGCUGUCCCGCUUCCUCUUCGUCAGCGGCGAGCGCCUGGUCAGCGACCCCGCUGGGGAGCUGGGCCGUGUGCAGGACUUCCUGGGCCUCAAGCGGGUCGUCACAGACAAGCACUUCUACUUCAACGCCACCAAGGGCUUCCCUUGCCUCAAGAAGGCACAGGGCAGCAGCCGGCCGCACUGCCUGGGCAAGUCCAAGGGCCGGCCCCACCCUCGUGUGCCCGAGGCCGUGGUCCAGCGCCUGCGAGCCUUCUACCGGCCCUUCAACCGCAAGUUCUACCAGAUGACCGGCCAGGACUUCGGCUGGGACUGA